GCUCCUGAGCUCCGGCACGGGCUUUGCUUUGCGCUGGGACAACAACCUGGAAUAGCUCCUUCAUGCGGAAGCCUUCCUUCUCAAGCAUUGCCCAGCUCUCCAGUCGUGGCUCAGGCCGAUGUUUUGCUAUGCGCUGAGGAGAGUUCCAAUCUGGCCUUUGCAGGAUCUCAGAACCUCCCUCGCUCUUCUCACUCGCCGCGGACAGGCCUUCCAAUCCCGGCGCUUUUAUCAUUCGAGCAGGAGAGGCCAUGCCCCAGUCAGCGGCACGCCUCUCAUCAACAAUGACACCAUCUACGCCCUUUCGUCAGGCGCUGGGAGGGCAGGCAUUGCCGUGGUUCGCAUUUCUGGGCCUGGCUGUCUAGAUGUCUACAAAGCCCUGUGUCCAAGCAAGCCUCCGCCAGCCCCUAGGUACGCAGGAGUGAGGACACUCUAUGAACCUGGGUCGGUCGGCGCGUCUCAGCCGAACGUGGUGGACACCGAUGCUCUUGUUCUUCAUUUCCCCAGCCCCAAGACGGUGACCGGCGAGGACGUGCUUGAGCUCCAUGUCCACGGGGGGCCAGCGACUGUGAAGGCCGUGCUAUCCGCUAUCCGGAAAUGCUCAUCGUCAUCCAAGAUUCGCUAUGCCGAGCCCGGCGAAUUCACGAGGCGGGCCUUCCUGAAUGGUCGUCUAGACCUCGCCCAGGUGGAGUCGCUGGGCGACACGCUGGCGGCCGAGACCGAGCAUCAACGACGAGCCGCUGUUCGGGGCACCUCGGGUGUUCUUGGGAAGACCUAUGACAGCUGGCGUGAGCAGUUGCUGCUCGCUCGUGGAGAGAUCGAGGCCCUCAUUGACUUCUCGGAGGAUCAGCAUUUCGACGAAUCGCCGGCUGAGCUCCUGACUAACGUUACCAAGCUUGUUGAGAGCAUGCUCAACUCGAUUCAAUUGCACAAACUCGGCAGUCAACGGAGCGAAUUGCUUCGAAAUGGAAUCCGCAUAGCGCUGCUCGGUCCGCCCAAUGUCGGGAAAAGCUCGCUAAUGAACCAGAUCGUUGGUCGCGAAGCGUCGAUUGUCUCCGCUGAAGCAGGCACCACAAGGGACAUUGUUGAAGCAAGUCUCGACAUCCGAGGUUACCUUUGCUCCUUCGCAGACACUGCUGGAAUCCGGACGAAGACGGCAGAAGAUGUUUGUAAUCCCGACGGAACGCCGGCGUCCGCCGUCGGCGCUAUCGAACAGGAGGGUAUCCGGAGAGCGCGACAGAAGGCCUUGGAUUCAGAUGUCAUCAUCGUGCUAGGGUCCGUCGAACCGGCGAACGCCGGCGGUCAUCGGAUAAGCUACGACGCUGAGACGCUCCAAUUAGCUGCAGGUGCACAGCAGUGCCUCGUUGCGGUCAACAAGGCUGACCUGGUGAGCCCGGAGGCACUCAAGUUGCUUAUUCAAGAUUUCAAAUCCUCGGCCUUGGCGGCCAUCGAGGGUCUGCGCGAUGCAGAGCCGCUCGCCAUAUCCUGCAGGGCUGCCAUGUCACCAUCAGCUGCAGGACUAGCCGACCCGGGCGGCAUACAUGAGCUCACAGAGAAACUGGCCCAGUCAUUCGCCAACCUGACUUCGGUGCCGAGUGACAUGCAGCAUCUCCUCGGUGUAACCGAACGACAGAACCAGCUGCUUUCCGAGUGCGAACGCCACCUCCUAGACUUCAUGGCCGAGGCAAAAAAGAGCGGCGCGUAUGACGAGCCAGAUGUGGUCCUUGCGGCAGAGCACUUGCGCCUUGCCGCUGUCCAACUUGCUUCGAUUACGGGGCGCGGCGAGUCCGGAGACGUGGAAGAUGUCCUGGGUGUCAUUUUUGAGAAGUAAAGUGUCUCUCCUCACAAAUUCGACGCACAAGUUGCUAACAAGAAGCUGUUAGAUUUUGUGUUGGAAAAUG